CAGAGUGAGCUAAAGAUGAAUAUCAGUGGACUUGGAUCUCAGCUAAAGGACAGUAUUACAGUUACUGAACUACCAGCAAGUGGACCUUUUGAAAGUCAUGAUCUUCUUCGAAAAGGUUUUUCUUGUGUGAAAAAUGAACUUUUGCCCAGUCAUCCUCUUGAAUUAUCAGAAAAAAAUUUCCAGCUCAACCAAGAUAAAAUGAAUUUUUCCACACUGAGAAACAUCCAGGGUCUAUUUGCUCCACUAAAAUUGCAAAUGGAAUUCAAGGCAGUGCAACAGGUUCAGCGUCUUCCAUUUCUUCCAAGCUCAAACCUUUCACUGGAUAUUUUGAGGGGUAAUGAUGAGACUAUUGGAUUUGAAGAUAUUCUUUUUUUUUUUUUUCUUUUUGGAUUUGAAGAUAUUCUUAAUGACCCAUCACAAAGUAAACUAAUGGGAGAACCACACUUGAUGGUGGAAUAUAAACUUGGUUUACUAUAACGCACUGAGCUGACCCUGGAAAUGGAGGGGCUACAUCUUGUUUAUAGUCGUCUUUUUGCUAUAAUUUUAUGUAUACAACAUUAAAAGUACUGACACCUGAGAA